CUACUAUGGGUCCUUCAAGCCCAGAGAUCAGUGUACAUAUCAAAGCGCCUGACUUCGAGCUCAUCACCCCCGAAGCUGCGUCCCGCAUGCCCCAGGAACGCGUAUUCUUGCGUGGCGGCGUCAAGAUCGUGAAAAUCUCGCCGACCAUGGUUAUGAAGUACGGAGAUAGCGUGCAUAUGAGCGAAGCCAGGACGCUGGAGUUCGUACGGCAUCACACAUUGAUUCCGGUACCGCGGGUCUACGCCGCGUACACACAUGGGCCAUUCGAGGAGCGAGAUGAGGAGUGGGCUUCAAAAUAUGAUACCUACAUUUUUCUAGAUUUUGUGGAGGGUCAAACUUUGGAGAAAGAAUGGGUUAAUUUGGGCGACGACGAGAAGUCAUGUGUAAUGCACGAGCUUCAAGGUUACCUGGAACAGUUGCGAGCUGUGCCGGGAGGUACUUAUAUUGGAUCUAUUAACAACAGCCCGGUAAUGGAUGUUAUUCUGGAGUAUCAGCCCAAUAAAGGUCCCUUUCCAUCCGAAGACGACUUUAACGCUACCCUUAUCGAUGCCUAUUGUACUACCCAUAAGGGCCACGUAAAGCCUUAUAUAACAGGCAUGCUAGUCGCACACAAACACAAGAUUGUCUUUACACAUGCGGAUUUCCAGCCAGAUAAUAUUAUAAUAAAGGAUGGCCACGUGAAGGGGAUUAUUGAUUGGGAAAUGGCAGGAUGGUAUCCAGAGCACUGGGAGUUCGUAAAGGCGUUCUAUAUUUGUGACUGGCGGAAUGAUUGGGGGACGCGACUACUUGGUGCAAUAAAGCCGUAUUAUUGCGAGCAACUUGGUCAUGCACGAUUGACCCAAAUCUUAUUCUAGUUGAACCUGGAAAAAAGAUUGGCACUGGGCAGAGCACUCCUAUGGGGUUUCUUUUGUUGCUUUGGAGUUAUGAAAUAAGAUGAUAUACUGAACGGCGCUAAAUUAGCGGAUUCACGCUGGUUUCUCACCUCACUGUCUCGCGGCCGAGCACCCCGCGUUCCAUGAAACAAUCGACGCAUCACGACGCGGUGUUCUGAC